GGCUCGCGCACUGUCUCUUGCCGGCGGAUGUUCCCGAAGUCGCUCGGCUACUUCUGUAGAACAUACCUGCUUGCGAGCGGGACCCUCCCACCUCGGAGGUUUUCCCGGGACCCCCUUGCCUAUGGAGGGUCCGCCCCUAGCGCCAGGGGUGUCCGCCUUCUGCGCCACACCGGAGUCCAUAGCCCAGGUCCUGCUCCUGCCCCGCACCCUGGCACGCUGCCUAGCUGGGACUGCGCACCUGCGCCCUGGGGUGGAGUCCUUACCCCACUCUUAGCUUCACUGCCUACGACGGAGCCUGGAUGGGCCUCCACCCCCUCUCCAAUCCCGGACACCUGGUGGAGCCCGCGCCCAGAGCCGCCUCCGACUUCCCAUCUGUUCUCCAGGAGUGCUGAGGCUCUGGCUAAACCCACAGCGGUAGAUGGGCACAGACUCCCCCUCUCCCCGGCCCCUCAGGCCAGGGGUGACCUUGCCCCCUGAAGUCUUCACCAUGAAUACCAAGGACACCACUGAGGUUGCUGAGAACAGCCACCAUCUGAAAAUCUUCCUCCCCAAGAAGCUGCUAGAAUGUCUUCCUCGCUGCCCACUGCUGCCUCCAGAGCGGCUCCGGUGGAACACAAAUGAGGAAAUUGCAUCCUAUCUAAUCACCUUUGAGAAGCAUGAUGAGUGGCUGUCCUGUGCCCCAAAGACAAGGCCUCAAAAUGGCUCCAUUAUUCUGUAUAAUCGAAAGAAGGUGAAAUACCGGAAGGAUGGCUACCUUUGGAAGAAGCGGAAGGAUGGGAAGACCACCCGAGAGGACCACAUGAAGCUCAAGGUUCAGGGUAUGGAGCUUGUCUCCUGGCAGUGUCUCUAUGGCUGCUACGUUCACUCUUCCAUCGUCCCCACAUUCCACCGGCGCUGCUACUGGCUGCUCCAGAACCCUGACAUCGUUCUUGUGCACUACCUGAACGUCCCAGCCCUGGAGGAUUGUGGAAAGGGCUGCAGCCCCAUCUUUUGUUCCAUCAGCAGCGACCGGCGAGAGUGGCUGAAGUGGUCCCGUGAGGAGCUGCUAGGACAGCUGAAGCCCAUGUUUCACGGCAUCAAGUGGAGCUGUGGGAAUGGGACAGAGGAAUUCUCUGUGGAACAGCUGGUGCAACAGAUCUUAGACACCCACCCAACUAAGCCUGCACCCCGAACUCAUGCCUGUCUCUGUAGCGGGGGCCUCGGUUCCGGAAGCCUAACCCACAAGUGCAGUAGCACAAAACACCGUAUCAUCUCUCCCAAAGUGGAGCCCCGAGCCUUAACCUUGACUUCUGUCCCCCAUUCGCAGCCUCCCGAACCUCCUCCACUGAUAGCUCCACUUCCCCCAGAGCUCCCUAAGGCACAUACCUCCCCAUCUUCUUCAUCCUCCUCGUCGUCAUCAGGCUUUGCAGAACCCCUAGAAAUCAGGCCUAGCCCUCCCACUUCUCGAGGGGGUGCAUCAAGGGGAGGUACUGCCAUACUCCUCCUGACAGGAGUAGAGCAGCGUGCUGGGGGCUUGACCCCAACCAGGCACUUGACUCCCCAGGCUGACCGUAGACCACCUGUGAGCUUGGCUGUGGUUGUAGGCUCUGAGCCCUCUGCCCCACUGGCUCCUCCCAGCCCUGCCUUCGACCCUGAUCGCUUUCUUAACAGUCCCCAAAGGGGCCAGACAUAUGGAGGAGGCCAAGGGGUAAGCCCAGACUUCCCUGAGGCAGAAGGUGCCCACACUCCCUGUCCUGCCCUCGAGCCUGCUGCUGCCCUGGAGCCCCAGGCAGCUGCUCGUGGUAUCCCUCCACAGCCAGGAGCAGGUGGGAGAAGGGGAAACUGCUUCUUUAUUGAAGAUGAUGAUGGGGAGGUCAAGGACCAGGGAACUGCCCCCACUGUACCCUCGCCUCCUCCUUCGUCCCCUUCAUCCCCUGCCCGCUUGCAGCCAUCUGGCAGGGUAGCAAGAGGAGAUGCCUUGUUUGGAGGCACUAGUGGGGCCAGUGAGCUGGAGCCCUUCAGUCUUUCAUCAUUCCCAGACCUUAUGGGAGAACUCAUCAGUGAUGAAGCUCCAAGCAUCCCUGCUCCAACCUCCCAGCUCUCUCCUGCUCUUAACAGUAUCACAGACUUCUCUCCAGAAUGGUCCUACCCAGAGGGUGGGGUCAAGGUGCUUAUCACAGGCCCUUGGACGGAGGCUGCAGAGCAUUACUCCUGUGUCUUUGAUCACAUCGCAGUACCUGCCUCACUUGUCCAGCCCGGUGUCUUACGCUGCUACUGUCCUGCCCACGAAGUGGGGCUGGUGUCUUUGCAGGUAGCAGGACGGGAGGGACCUCUCUCUGCUUCUGUUCUUUUUGAGUAUCGAGCCCGCAGAUUCCUGUCUCUGCCGAGUACACAGCUUGACUGGUUGUCACUGGAUGACAACCAGUUUCGGAUGUCGAUCCUGGAGCGGCUGGAGCAGAUGGAGAAGCGGAUGGCAGAGAUUGCAGCAGCUGGGCAGACACCUUGCCAGGGUCCUGAGGCUCCUCCACUUCAGGAUGAAGGCCAGGGCCCUGGGUUCGAGGCACGGGUGGUGGUGUUGGUAGAGAGCAUGAUCCCACGGUCCACCUGGAGGGUUCCUGAACGUCUAACUCAUGGAAGCCCCUUCCGAGGCAUGAGCCUUCUGCAUCUGGCUGCUGCCCAGGGCUACGCCCGCCUCAUCGAGACCCUAAGCCAGUGGCGGAGUGUGGAGACUGGAAGCUUGGACUUAGAGCAAGAGGUUGACCCGCUCAACGUAGAUCAUUUCUCUUGCACCCCUCUGAUGUGGGCUUGCGCCCUGGGACAUCUGGAAGCUGCUGUGCUCCUUUUCCGUUGGAACCGACAGGCACUGAGCAUUCCUGACUCUCUGGGCCGUCUACCACUGUCCGUGGCUCAUUCACGGGGUCAUGUGCGCCUUGCUCGCUGCCUUGAAGAACUGCAGAGGCAGGAGGCUUCAGCUGAGCCCCCACUUGCUCUUUCACCACCUUCCUCUAGCUCAGACACUGGUCUGAGCAAUGUCUCCUCACCCUCAGAGCUGUCGGAUGGCACUUUCUCUAUCACAUCAGCAUACUCAAGUGCCCCGGAUGGUAGUCCUCCCCCUGCUUCUUUGCUGGCUUCUGAAAUUACUAUGGAGAUGGUGGUCCCAGGCCAGCUCUCUUCUGGUGCCUCAGAGGGCCCCCUACUCUUUAUGGACUGUGAGGCCACUAACUUCAAAGGAUCCCUAUCCUCCCCCAUUGGUCUCCCACUAGCCCAGGAUGAUGGAUCUGCUUCAGAAGAUACGGACAGCCCCCCUGCUGUGGAUGUCAUCCCGGUGGACAUGAUCUCACUGGCAAAGCAAAUCAUUGAAGCCACACCUGAGCGGAUUAAACAAGAGGACUUCUCAGGAUUGCCUGAAACUGGAGCCUUACUGCGGGAACGGCCAGGAGCUGUAGGGCUUAGUGAAACCAUGUCUUGGCUGGCCAGCUACCUGGAGAAUGUGGACCAUUUCCCCAGCUCAGUCCCUCCCAGUGAACUGCCCUUUGAGCGAAGUCGCCUGGCUGUCCCUCCAGCACCUUCCUGGGCAGAGUUUCUGUCUGCAUCUACCAGUGGCAAGAUGGAAAGUGACUUUGCCUUGCUGACACUCUCAGAUCAUGAGCAACGGGAACUGUAUGAGGCAGCAAGAGUCAUCCAGACAGCCUUCCGCAAGUACAAGGGCCGGCGGUUGAAGGAACAGCAGGAGGUGGCCGCUGCUGUGAUCCAGCGCUGUUACAGGAAGUACAAGCAGCUAACCUGGAUUGCACUUAAGUUUGCACUCUAUAAGAAAAUGACCCAGGCUGCUAUCCUGAUCCAAAGCAAGUUCCGAAGCUAUUACGAACAGAAACGAUUUCAGCAGAGCCGCAGAGCGGCUGUGCUUAUCCAGCAGCACUACCGCUCCUACCGUCGCCGGCCUGGCCCUCCCCACAGGCCCUCCGGCCCUCUGCCUGUCCGCAACAAAGGCUCCUUUCUCACUAAGAAACAGGAUCAGGCAGCCCGGAAGAUAAUGAGGUUCCUGCGGCGCUGCCGACACAGGAUGAGGGAACUGAAGCAGAACCAAGAGCUGGAAGGACUUCCGCAGCCAGGACUAGCCACCUGACCUGGCCACGCUCGGGAUGCCUCCGGCAGUCUUAACAGGGAGAGGGCUUUCAGGUGCAGGGGGAGCCCCCUGUCGGCAGCUUUCCCCACUUCAUCUUUUGGGAGCCCCUCCAGUCCUCCCGUACCUACUCUCUUGACCCCUGCUCUUACACCUCUCUGGUCCCUGGCUCCAGAAGACCCUUGCCCCACCUACCUGCAUAUCAGCUGUGACCUACGGAGCCCUGCCUGCCCCUUCUCCACAGCUCCCUGCCUGCACCCGACUUGACCUUCCUGACUUGCCUUAUUUAUUUGUUCGACGCGUCUCUGAAUGUAUCCGCCUCGGUCCCCACCGCUGCCUUCGCUGCGUACCCUCGUGUUUCGGGGUGACCGUGCCCCACCCCGACUCCGCAUGUUUGCGUCUGAUUCCUCCUUCCCUCCCUGUCCUUCUCGUCACCCCGACUCUGGCCACCACCUGGGGGUAAAGAGGGGGUGUACCUAGGACCGCGUGGCGGCGGCGUCCUGCCCCCGGUAGGGGGCUUGUACAUACUGUAACAUACAGAGUAUAGUGAAGAAUCUAUUUAAGGCGCCGCGAGCACUGCGCGGCCGGGGCCUCCUGCCGGCCCCACGAGCACUUUCUACUUGUGCAUGGGCUUGGUUUAUACGAAUUGCCAUUAAACAUCUCUGCACCA